GUCUUCUAUGAGUUAUAUAUGUUGGAAUGGGCUUUUAUCAUCACAUUGUAUUUCAUUACGCUUUAUGUGACGAGACAGACUAUAUGAACAAAAUGGAUCUUGUACAGAUCGAGCGUACCAUAUAUGCAGGUACCCUUAUGGAAAUCAAACUAUCUCAUGCAAUAGAUGCUUGGACUGUGAGCGAGAUGAAAAUAAAAGAAUUCAUUAACAUCAGAAAUAGCCGGUGGAUACGAAUUGAACGUAAGAAUCAGCGAGAGUAUGUGGACUAUUUAUGGGGUGACACGGAAGAGCAGAGAAAACUGACGGAAAAAGAUGUCCGUUUUUACGAUGACAUUUUUGAUUUACGAAAAUUGUUUCAUAUGGAAUCGUAUGAUGUAGAAGAAAUUUGGUGACAUAAUUUAUUACUUUAGUAGUAGUAUAGCAGUAAUAAAUAGUAAUAAUAUUAUAA